UUGUUCUAGGAGCUUAAGUUGGAGAUCAACAGAGUAAGAGAUGACGACCAAUCUCCCAGAGGAAGUGACUCUUCGGAACAGCUUCAACAGCUCAUGCAAGAGCAAAUCCGAGAGCUUAGUCGUCUUACCAACGCGCUUCAUGCCAACCUUCCCCUCAAUGUCAACAUCACCCACCAGAGUGAGACUUCAAGCACCAGAGGAGAAUCCCAUGAUGAUAGAGACAGGAAUAGCCUUAGGGAUGUCCUUGGGGCAGAACUGGCUGCCAUGCAGACCUUGAGACGACAGAUUGAAGAAGGCAUGGGUAGGAGAAAUGACAAUCACCUGCAUGUGGUUAUUGAUAGGCAAGGUGCUGUCCAGUCAUCAACGACAAGUGGUGUAGGUAGCGGAGUCGGCAGUGAUAGCAAUGAUAUUUCGCCAACUAUCACCACAGCUAGUGAGGCACAGCGCAGAAGCUUUGGAGUUGGUCAUGAUCCUGAGAGCAUACAACCACCACCUCUCUUCUCCCAAGACACUGGCCUUUACAUUCCAGUUCCUCAGCCCAGUCUGAGCCUUGAAGAACUUUCAUUUCCCACUGCUGCCACCAAAGAAGAUCUCCAAAGAGAAGUGAUGGAGCUCCGUUCUCUGCUCAAGGACUCCAAACAGAGGCAACAAAACCUUGAGAAGCGGUUAGAGAGAGAAGAGCUUGAGAGCUUGAGGAGCAUCCCUGGACAUGACCUUACUGAUCCCACCGCUGCCACCCGAGAGGAACUUCAGCGAGAGGUGGCAGAUCUACGUUCCAAGCUCAAGGAUGCCAGGAGGCGUUAUCAUUCCCUUGAGAAGCGUAUUGAGCGGGAAGAGCUGGAGAGCCUGAGGAGUGUUCCUGGACAGGAGACCGAUGGUGAUCCUCAGGUGAUCUCUGGACUUCAGAAAGAUCUGGCAGGGCUAAGGAUGAAGCUAAGGGAAAGCGAGAGACAUAAUACCACACUGAAACACCAGCUGGAUGCAGCUUUACUCAACCAAGCAAGCAGCGAUAGCUCGGGGGACCAUGUAGUUCCUAUCUUGAAACAACAGCUUGAUCAAGCCAAAGCACUGUUGGAGGAGGAGAAUCACAAACUACAAGCAGCUGAACAGCAGAAUGCUGCUCUUCGUCACCACCUUGGCAUCGGUCCUGAAUCCCCUCCAGACUCUGGCAGAGACCUUGUUGAUAAUCUUAAGUUAGAGAAUGAACAUCUUGCUUCUCAGCUACAGGAAGCCGUAGAACGUGCGCAUGGGAGACAACAGGAUACCCAGAAUAAAUAUGGACAAACAGCGGGUGCUUCAGCAGGUGGUGUGCAGGUCGCACUUCUCCAGAAGAAAUUGGACAAAGCACAGAACUUGAUUGAGCUUCUGAAGAGGCAUAUCCGUCUCAAUGGAUCAGGAGCGGAUGGACAGGAGAGAGAAUUUAAUCCAGAGUUGAUUGUGGAUAUGGCAAAGGAGAUUGAACGCUUGCGCAAGGAGCUGAACUCCGCACAGGACCAGGAACAAGUAUCUAAUGAUGAAACAGCUAAUACCAGGAGGACAAGAUCAGUGAGAGGUGCUUCAAGUUCUUGUGAGGUUGUCAUGCCUCCUUCAUUGCAUAAGCAGCUUGAAAAGGCACAGUUGGAGAUGAAUGCAACAAAGAGAAGAUUCAAAGCUCUUACUCUCAAGCUUCAUGCCACUGAGGGCACCGUUCAUCAACAGGCAGAACGCAUCAAGCGUUACAGACGACAGCUACAUAAUAUGGGUUUACCAGCACCUGGUACUCCUAAGCGUGUCAGCAGUGACUCAAAUCUGCUGAAUGCAUCUACUUAUGCUCAAGCGAACCGACGUUUGUCAGCCGUUUCUCUGUCACAGAUUCCUAGUUCUGAUGAUGACAGGGACAGCACAUCUUCGGCAAGCUUGACACCAUCAGAAAGGAGUGUGGGUGCUGCCGAUGUAACGUUUUCUGGGUUUGGUUUGACCAAUGACACAGAUGAACUCAAAGAGCAAGUGGCAGUCCUCAAGAAGCAGUUGAAGAGAUGCCGCCAUGUAAUCCGCAAGCUCCAAGUCCGUAUUCAAAAUGGUGGAUUGAGCCGUCCUUCCAGUCCAUCCCGGGAUCCUUCUAACCAGAACCCUUGGUUUGAACUUGUAGCCAACCGAGCAGCAUUUGAGCGUCUCCAGCAGGAUCUGGAGAAUGUGACAAGCCAGCUAGAGAACGUCAUGGAUGCAAAUGCCUCUCUUCAGGAGCGUAACCAGGAGCUCCUAUCUGAGCUGGUUGAGCUCCAGACCCAGAAGCAGAACUCCUUCAGCGAGGAGGUGAUCAGGUCACAGGAGCUUGAGAUUGGAAGGCUCCACGAGCAGCUGGCGGAGCUUCGUAGUCUGAUGGGUGUCCUUACCAACAUGCUUGCAGAAGCAUUGGGAAUCCUGAAAGGAUUGGAGAAGGAGAACAAGACGGCCCUGGAAGGUGCCUUCUCUGAGAGAGUGACUGUCAUUGAGGAGAGGUUACAAGAUGGCUCUGAAGUAGUAGACACAAUCAAAAGACUCAUAGGAGAUGAAUCACAGUUUGGGAGAAGACAGAGUGAAGCUGAUGUCAGAGAAUUGUUUUCAGACAGGUUGCGAGUGAAGGACGAACAGAUGCAGCAGUUACGUGAUGAAAUCAGAGGACAACAAAAGCUAAACAGAGAACUACAAGAGAUACUUCACAAUAACCAACUCAAGGCUGAUAGCAUGAAAGAUGAGAUCAAAAGGUUGAGAUCUGAGCAGACUUUGGACACCAAGACACAAGAAGAUCUGGAAAGACAAAGGAAACAGAAUCAAGACAUGCAGGAGAUCUUACGCAAACAGGAGCAGAGAGCAGAAGCUGCACGCAAGGACCUAGAAAGGGAGUAUGAGAAAGAGAUUAUUAUUCUACAUGAUCGACUAGAAGAAGCCAGAAAAAUGAAUGACAAACACAGAGAGAAGAGCAAGAAAAGUGCUUCAACUGGAUCAGAACAUUCAGAUGGUCAAGGAACCAUCUAUCUUCAUGAGACCAACAUCAAACUAACAACUGAGAAUAGUGUACUUCAGAAGCGGCUUACAGAACAAGAAGAUAAGAGCUACAGAAUGAAAGCAGAACUGGAUAGAGCAAAUAAAGAAAUCAAGAGGUUACUUUCUGAGAAGCAUCGUUUAAGUGAUCAAACCCAGAGGCUUCAAGAUCAGGUGACUGAUAAUGAACAGCUUGCCAACUCACUUCGCUUUGAACUCAGUAUCUAUGAACAACUUCAUCAAAAAGAUAAUAGCUCCAGGUCACCUGGUUCCAGAGGCCGGGGAGGGGAACAUUCCCCAUCCCAUCACCAUGUCAUUGACCGUACCACAGGCGUUGACCUCUCAGAACUCCUCAAGGAGCUACGUCACCUACGGAUUCAGCUGGAGCGGAGUAUUGAUACUAACAAUGCCCUUAGGAUCCGCCUAGAGGAGGCCCUUAGGGAGAAGACCCUGUCUCCCAACUCUGGGAAGGAAUCUAUGUCACCAAGGACAACGGUCAUCUCAGAGGAAGUCAGAAUACAUAGUAGUAGCACUAGGAGAAGAUCUAGUGAGGAUAGGACCAAGAACAGUAGUGCAAGAAAACUCUUCACAGAUGGAAAGACACAGAAACACUCUGAAGGAAAUGGACAUUUAUAUGAGGAUUUUGCCAUCCAUGGCAUUGGACAUCUCUACAGCAAUGGUGAAAGCAGAGUAAAGAAAUCCUCAUCAGUUCAAUCUGAUUUAUCAGAGGGCACUUCUAAGAAAGAGAGUUAUGCCGUCUCCAUGGCUACAACCUAUGAAGCUGUAAGGUCAGGGGUCAAAGAGGCAGCUGUUGUCGGUGGAACCAUUGAAGUGUUGCUCAGGGAGAAACUCUCCAGGCUUGCUCAGGUGGUUGAGGAGAGAAGCCCUCAUUCCCGAGGGGAGGUAGUAAGUGAAGACCAUACCCUCCUAACUACCCUUACUCAUGAUGUCAGACGAUUGAUAAAGCUCCUUAACACCAGUAAACGUCACCUAGUUAACUUCUGGAUGACUGAUUGUAUGGUGCAGCAACAUUCACAGAGUGAUGAGGUCAAGGAGCUACGAAAGCGACUUGGAGCUCAAGAAAGACUAAUGAAAGAAGCUCGUGAUAGACUGGCAGCGACCAACAGGGAGAAAGAAAGCAUGGAGGACGCUAUCAUUAGGCAGUUGUGUAAAACUCACCAUGUCAUCCAGAAAGCCAAGGGCAACCUACAGACAGUGGAAUCAUAAGGGCAUAACAACCAACUGAACCAACAUUAGUAACAGAAGGUCUCAUCACCUGCUUGCCUGGCAAUCCACCAUACAGAUUGUAUGAGACAUUGAAUGAUCUUGCCUUCCAUACAAUUGAUUGCUUAGCAUUUUUUUGUUAUAAGAUGGAAUUUUGGAAUAAAUUAUAGAAACAGAAAAGGACAUGAACAUAUGAUUUUUAAGUGGAACUAAGCACUUCAAAGUAUAUAUCUUUUUGAUAUACCUUUUGCAGCCUUUCUGGUUUAAACACUCAGUUAAGUAAUAAUUAGGGGUCUAUUUUACAAUUUCUAUCUAUUUUUCUAUCCAUACACAUGAUCAUUAUUAACUCUUUGUCCGCCGUGCACGGAAUCCCCUAUUGCCGGAUUAAUUCUGUGGACACCAGAAAUGGGUGCUCUGGAUUUGCAUGCGUAGUUUACAUGGCUCUAACUUUUUUAUGCCUUUUCCUUCAGAAAAAUGUUCUACAGUUAAGUUAUAGAGUAUGAAAAUAGCUUUCUAUUCAUGUAUAUUUCAUAAAUAUUUACUCAUGUUUAGAAGAUAUAUCUCUGAUCAAUGAAAACCUUCAGAUUUCAAUUGGCAAACUAUAAGUGUACAGGCUAUUCAUUCCCAGAUUUUACAAAAUAUGAGAACAAGCUACUUAUAACCCCUUUGUCAAAGAAUAAUAGUACAGGCCCAAUACUCUAAGCCUAGGCUAUUUUUUUUUCAAUGGCAAGGCAGGAAGUGCAGCUUAGGGAGCUUAGCUUUUGUGAUUGAUAGCAUUGUAUAAAUCAGUGUAAUCGGAUUGUCGUGAGAUUUGUGCCGAUCGGCGUACUUGGGGAAGCAGCAAGUGUGCCAAUCGGCGAACUUGGCGAACAAAGAGUUAAAUAAUGUUUGUAUAGUACCAGUCAAGCUAUGUAUUUUUCUUUCAGAUGAAAUUUACACAAUUUAAAAAAAAACAUUCCAGUUUACGUUGACUGUUGGGUUCUUUUCUCAUGUCAGAUAUUAUUUUUUUCUUUAGAUUUGUCCAGGAAUACACAUUCUUAUGAAUAUUUGCUUGCCAUUUGGUAGAAAGAUAAAUAUAUAUUUAGCUUUAAAAAUGUUGAUUAAGCAGAAAAAUACAUGGUACUAAUUAGUAGAAGUGUUCAGCAUCUGAGAUAUGCUACAUAGGAAAAGCUAGAUAUGAGUUGUAGCUAAAUACUUAAUUUCUUAAGUUUUAUUAUUAAUUUUAGAGCAUUCAAGGAUUGGAGAGAGACUAAUUUUAAAUGAUUUUAUUUCAACUGUCCAAAUGCACACUGCAGGCUUUUAAUAUGGAGUUUUUACAUUAAUUUCCAGCAUAAAUUGAAGAUUUUAUUUUAUAAUGCAUUUGAAGCUGAAAAUUUGAACUUAUUUUUUUUUUAUUGUCAGCGUAAAGAGGAAUGUGAUAGGGAAUAUCACACUUACAAAUAAAAUGUUGAACAUUGUUACACAAAGACCGGACUAAGUAGGUGAAUUCCACACUUCACAGUAAUGUACAUGUAAAUAAUAAUUAUGUUGCUCUGUAAUACUAGCUGUGUUAUCCGGGCCUUAAUGCAAAGCUUAGCAACUGAUUAUGCAGUUGUUGUAUGAUUCAAUUACUCACUGCAAUCAAUUUUAGAAAUCAGCUAAAGAUUGAUUGCAAAGCUUUAUGUUAUUUGCACCUGGGUGUGAAUCUAUAUUUAUUUAAUUAUAGAACUCAAAUUUUUUUCCUUUUAGUAUUAAAAUGUGGGUGUUUUUAAAAAUGAAAUUAUGGAAACCAAUCUGUGAAUCAAAAAUGACAGAAAAGGAGAAUGUAAAUAAUGCAGUUUAAUUCCUGAAAGAUAACUAUAGAAUUCUCAUUAAUCCAGAAAUCAGUAUUAGUAUUAUUGUAAAUUAGAUUCUUUUUAAAUCUGAAAGGGAACUUGUUGCAAUAUUUCAUGUACAAAGUAAGUAAAUUGUGGAUAUGGGUUCAGGAUUAUAAAUGGUAUACUUGACAAACAGGUAAUGAAAUACAUGCCAUAUUGCCUUUACUUUGCUAAUAUAUGUAUAUAAUGGUGCAUUUUUAUGACUUUCCAAACUUCUAUAGUAUGCUGUAAUUACAAUGAACAAAAUUGAUUUUGAUUACUUGUGAACAAACACUUGGGUGCCUAGAUUUCUUGCGGUAGUGCAACAUCUCUUUCUUCUUGGUCCAUUCCAAUAUUGUCAGUCUCUCAUUAUUAGGGAUUUUUAUUUAAGAUAUCGAAAACUUUUACAUGGGAUAUUUGAAUUCAUGUUGCUUGUUUAAGUAUUAUGUAGAUUCUAAGGUAGUGCCAAAUGAACCAAUUGAAAUAGGUUUUAGACCAUUUUAAUGAUUACUUUUAUUUGUAGGUACAUGGUUGGAUUUUAGUGGAUGUGUGUAUAUAGCAAGAUAGUAUUGUGCAUAGGCAAGUCUAAUUUGAUCCCUGAAAUGCAGUAAAAAUGCUGUGAAAAUCAUAAA